ACAGUGAACCAGCAGUUCGUUCACACCCUCAUGCAAUGUGUGUUCCUCUAUGGAAAUCAACGUCAGUCAUACCAAUUUGGCAAAGAAGACCAAACGGCCAUUACUGUCAAUGAGAGCCGCAGUGUAGAUUGUGGACUAUUCGGUUUUAUAUUUAGCAGGAAACAGGCAUAGAAGCAAGUUCCACCAAGGAUUUUUCAACGUAAGAACUUCGUAUUCAGCUAGCCACAGCUGCUGAGAGCUAGAGGAGGUCCUGAGAUAGCUAACAAGCUAGACAGCUUCCUUGGGCCAACUGGUGUGUGUCUGCUUGUACCAAGCUGUGUAUGGCAAUGCGGUGGGUAAAAGUCCCACUGGUCCCCGGGCUGGUCGUGGCGGUGUUGUCGCUGCUGGCUGAACACUGUUGGGCGGAUGGUGGGGGCCCAAACCUUGCUGAACGAGUUAUUUGGGCAGUGAACGCUGGCGGGGAAGCUCACACAGACAUGCAUGGCAUUCAUUUUAAGAAGGAUCCUUUGGAAGGGAAGCUUGGGAAAGCAUCAGAUUAUGGAGUCCGUCUGCCCAUAUUGCGUUCUAGUCCUGAAGACCAGGUUCUCUACCAGACAGAACGCUACAAUGAGGAUACUUUUGGCUAUGAAGUGCCAAUUCGUGAGGAAGGAGACUAUAUACUAGUCAUGAAGUAUGCAGAAGUCUACUUUGCACAGUCUCAGCAGAAGGUAUUUGAUGUGCGUCUUAAUGACCAUGUGGUGGUGAAAGACCUGGAUAUCUUUGAGCGGGUCGGUCACAGUACAGCUCAUGACGAAAUAGUGCCCUUCUCCAUACGCCGCGGUAAGCUGAGUGUCCAGGGAGAGGUGUCCACCUUCAACGGCAAGCUCACUGUGGAGUUUGUCAAGGGUUAUUAUGACAACCCCAAGGUCUGUGCUCUGUAUGUGAUGAAAGGGACAUUAGAUGAUGUACCAAAACUCCAGCCUCACCCUGGACUGGAGAAACGUGAAGAACUUGAGGAGGAGGAGGAAGAAGAGACUGAGGUAGGCGAGGAGGGUGGUAAGAAGAGUACCUCGACAGCUCCCAAGUACAAGGUCCAGUCAGGCCCCAGAACGCCAAACCCGUAUGCGGCCGACAAUAGCAGCCUCAUGUUCCCUAUCCUGGUGGCGUUCGGUGUGUUCAUCCCUACACUCUUCUGCCUCUGUCGGCUGUGAGAACAUAAGUUUGAGGGGGAAACGGGGACAUGAAGGACAAGAGACUGUGAAGAAAGGGGGGGGGGGGGGGGUUAAAGUGACAUCAAAGACACAAGGCAAGCAUACAGAUGGGAGAGAGCACAAGAUCCAAGGGGAGAAUGUUGAUAAGAGGACAAAAAAAAGAGACUACAAACCACAUCGCAAAGAAAUAAGACAGGAUUUCCCACUUACAAACAAGGUUUCUCUUGUCUGGCAGAACGUGCCUGGGAUUAUACUGAGGGGUUCUGAAGUGUUAGUGGCUGUCCCUCUUUAUAGAUACACGUAUUGUUAUUGCUUUGGAUGAGGUGUGGCUUGGAGUGAAGGGAAUGCAGAUAGGCUGCUAUGCUGAUCAACAAAAAAUCAGGCCCAGUAUUUAGUCAGAUGAAACAGGAGGUGAAAUCAUGAAAAUUGACAGAUUAUUACUAAAUAAAAAAUGAAAGAUUUUGUUUUAGAGAUUGCGUUGUUGGUGGAGGUUAGGGGGAGAUGGUUACCAAUUUGAUCAGUUAGGCUUUAGAAUGUUGUUUUUGCUUACUCUUUUUGACUUUUUAUUUCUGUGUUUGGUUAUCUCCCAACGUGCUGGAGUUUUAGAGCAAAAAUGUACUUUAGCUUUUGAUAUAAGAUGUGCCAUAGUCUGAUGAAGACAACAUGCCAGUAAUUUCAACAAGUUCAUACUGUUACAGCCUGUUCUUUGCAGCACAUUGACAUUUCAUGUGCUGUUUUAUAAGACUGCUGAUGAAGUGUUAUCACAUUCAAGGUGGGUUUCACAAUUCUGUUGCAUAAUGUUUAAAAAAUGCAUGUGUACCUCAAUGGGACUAUCCCAUGCUGUGCUGUUUCAUAUAGCUGAUGCAAGUUUCCUCAAAUGUGAUCACAAUUAAGAAGUCCACUUGUUGUGCUGGCACGCAUAAAUAUCUGUCCUAGCAGGUAACUUUUGAGGCAACUAGACUAUAAUGUUAUCAGAAAUUGAAUCCUUUGAGGGUUUACCUGGUUUUUAAUCACAUUGAUAAAACCCUCUAACUUCUGUGUUUUCCACUUAACGGUACAUGGCUUGGUUUGCAGCUGAUGAAAGGUUAUGUGAAAUAGUUCUGAGCGAUUUGAGUUACAUUGCCAACAGUGAGAGACCUGAUAAUUUAACAAAUACUCUAGUGGGACAGGUCCUAAAUCAGGAACAUGUCUAAAUUGACUCAAAGAUGCAUGUCCUUUGUCAUGGUCACUGCCUUUUCUGCUCAUUUUAUGAUUGUGCAUGCCUUUUUGUUUCACCAAAGAGUGUUUUGUGUUGUAAAAUUUUGUUUUAUAAAACUCUUAGUAAUCCUCCAUUCAUAACAUUAUGUGAUUAAUAUGAUUUAGUUUUUUUACUCACAUUGUUGGUGAUGUAGUGAUGAUUAAGUACUAGGUCAAGAUAGAACGUAAACAUCACAAGUUAUCCCGAUACAAUUUUGUGUCAUUAGGAGUUAUAAUAACUGGAAGAGCCUAAGCAUUUUAUUUGAUUUAGUAUUUAUGUAAUGUACUCCUUUGAGAUACUGCUGGAUUCUUUAAAAUUAUUGGAACAUGAAUGUAGGACUUACAAUGUGAAGAACAAUUGUGUGUAUGCAUAAAUAAUUAGUUAUCCAUGGCUACCUAGAGGGUUAGAAAGUGAAAUGAGUUAAAGAACUAGUUAUGUUGAACAUUUGUUGCUAAGCAAGAUUUUCAGUGGUAUGCUAAAUUGAAACUGGCUGACCAGAAAGCUUGAGUGGCCUUAAGAAUUAUUUUAUUGCAAUUUUGAAAUUAUGAUCCCAGGGAAAAGUGUUUAUUUUUUUUAAGCCUGUACACUUUUUAGAACUAAUUUGAGUCGCUAUUAGUCAAAUCAACAUGAUGUAAAAACAGUGUGCUUGCACCAGUCUUAAUCAUGAUCUAUAGCCUAUUCACUAUGCACCUGUGCGUAGAUAUGGGUGUGUGUAUGUUUCACUGUUGAAUAUUUCUCCUCUUCCCCGUCUCUCCAUUAAAUAGUUCAGUUUAGGCCAGUAUUUUUGUCUCAUCAAUCCCUAGCAUACCUUGUCUUAAAGUAGACCGCAGCAUUUUGUUAUUAGUCUCUAAGGUGUCAGUGACAUCCUAUAUUCUUCCAUACAGUUAGCCUGGAAGUCAGUAGCUGCAUGUUUGCAUUUUUUUAUGUGUCCAAUUGCCUCUGUAUCAAGAACGUAGCUCUUUUCAAGAAUGACACGUCUUUUACCAAGCCUUGUCUUAUGUUCCCCCAAGCCUCUCCACACUUGUCAUUGAUUUCACACUUGCUGAAUACUUGACAAAUAGUUGAUCCAGGUGUUGUAAAUCCCCUCACUCCUGAAGUUUCCCUCCAUGUUCCAUGCUGCUGGAAAAUCAGCCAGGGGAGGUUACAAUACUUGAUUGUCAGCUGAUAGUAGUUUGGUUUAUUUGUGUUUUUUUUAAUAUAAAAAUGAAACAAUCCAUAAAUAAUCAGAAGCACCUUUUGUUCCUUAGUUGAAAAACUGCAAAAAAAUGUAAAUCUUUUGUUUGUUGGCUAAUCGAAAUCUACACAGUUGCGUGUGUAUAUACUGUAUGGUACAAUAUCACACUUAUUGUAGUGUGACAGCGUUUUUUUUUUCUCAUCAAAAUAUUGUUAUUAUUGAGGUGUUAGGUAUUUUUUUUAAUGGUUAAUUGUAAAGAAGACUGGCCUUUCUGCUGAGGAUGACAGUCAGGCAAACACUGACUGUCAGGAAGAGAAAUGUGAUUAGCAUAGUAUGGAAUUCUUUACAUUUUAUAUUGUAUAAUUUAAGUAAGAAAGUGGGGUUUAAUCUUGAGAUAUUUGCUAAAUGAUUAAUAAAGAUUUGUAGCUUUAACAUUUCUCAGGAUUGGUUUAAUUUUUUUUUAAAUUACCAUGAUUUAGCUAGUUUAUUGUCAAAGCAUUUGUCUGUUAUUUGUGUGUAAUUUUGUUUUGAUUGAGUCUUUGUUGCCUUGGUUUGAAUACAUUUGUUUUACCAUUA